CUCCAAAUACACUACCUUCACUAAACAUUUGUGCAUACGUACACAUCACUUUAAUCAAUCAUAAACGAAUUAUCAAAAAUAUUACUCUAUCAAUAACACAAUUCAAUAGUUUUAAUUCACAAUUCAAGAAUUUGUAAGCGGAAUUGAAUUGAAUACCAAAAUCAUCCUACCGCUAGAAUCAAUAUAUUGAGUUUCAGACGUUUUGAGUUGCCCCAAUCGGCGACCGGGGAUGAAAGUGUCCCUGUUGCAAAGCUAUUUCGUCCGGCGAGGAUCCGUUCUGAUUGGCGUCGUACUCUCCGUCGCCCCACAGGGCGUACGCCUCCUCCUUGUGAACGGCGUCGUCUCCGACUUCCAGCUGCUCGUCCGACAUCCUCAGCGGGAUGACGAGGCGAAUCAAGACGCAUAUGAUCGACGUCGCCACGAUGUUCCACCCGAUGACACAACCGCCGCCGGCGAGCUGCUUCACCAGCUGCAUCCAUCCCGAGCCGCCGUAUAUGGCGCCUCGGGAGUUGGUGACGGGGAGGAAAAGGUUGCAAAGAGUGGGCUCGGCGAAAAGGCCGGUGAGAAAGCCGCCGAGCAGGCCGGCGACGGCGUGGGUGUGGAAGACGCCUAAAGUGUCGUCGAUUCUUUGGAGCAAGGUGCUGUUCUUGUGGAGGAUCAUCAUUGUGAACCAGGGUACGCUUCCGGAGAGGAUUCCCAUUAUUAUGGCUGCCCAUCCUUGAACAAGAC